UGUCAUAACAGGAAAACACUGCUUUAUGCAAUGGUCGCCGCAUAGUUAUUGCAUAAAAAAUAAUAUACAUAGCUGUGAUAAAAAUAUCACACAUUUUCGUUUAUUAUUAUUAUUAUUAUUAUUAUUUUAUUGAUGGUGGUGGUGAUUAUGACGAACAGCUAAAAUGGCGUUUAUGAAAAGUGUUUUGUUUGUUUGCUUGUUGAUGCACGUAUGCUGGACAGGAAGUCCGCCGACAACUGUCGAAGUGGAACUCCAUGUGUUUUCCGGGAGGCGCGACCCGGUUUUCGUUCUUCAUCCAAAUGACAACAAUUAUGACGUCAUAGUGCAGAAAGCUAGCGAGCAGAGUACAACAGAUUGGCCAUCAGUUCUUGGCUAUAAAGGCUUCACCAUUAAGGAAUUUCAUGAGUCUGAAGUGUCCAGAGUCAGCACUGUAGGUCGAUGCACACGUGUGGACUUCGAGCUUUUAUUGCUGAACUCCAUUACUGGAAAGGUACCGAAAGGCGAUGACCAACCAAUCAGCGAUAGCUUGCUGAACUACGCAAAAUCUGACAUAGACAAAUGUGCCAGUUAGGACUUACGAUCGAAUGAAAGACAAGUCAAUAAAGGAAAUGGAACAAAAAUUGUUAGAACACUUUUUUACCCUAGUUAAGCACUGCAUGAGAAUUGUACUCUACUGCGCUUUAACGUUUCAUUAAUUCUAACUCGGAUGUUUUUUUUGUUUGAUUGUUAUUAAACUGUUUAUAAAAA